AUGCUUGCGCCGGCUCCUCGAGGGCGCAUUCUGGCCAUCGAGGUGCUUAUUGUGACAUCCUUUCCACAAACUACACAAUUACUCAUUGUGGUGAAAACAACACGCUUUGAUGAUGGACAUGUCAUGGCAUGGUAUAUUGAGCAAGACGGACUCGACUAUUGCUGGCCAACACGGACCCGUCUUGAUCCGUCACUGCUUCACACAGAUACGAAACACAAUUCCUCUUUGGGAGUUAUGUUCCGAAAAUCACUCGUCAUGGCAGCAAGGCACUUGUGCCUUGAUGAGUUGGAAAUGAUAUGCCUACGAGCACCUCUUCCCGAUAGUGAGCUUGGAGAGGAUCAGUACAGCUGGUGCUUUGACGUUUUAUUAACGCUUGAACGUCUUCAAUGUCUUGCAUUUGGACAAACUCUAGCUCUCGAAGAGGAUAUUUGUAAAUUACGACUUAGCUUGCUCAAUCAAGAGCAUCCUUCUGUUGCGGAAGUUAUGGAUACCAGCUUUCCAAAGCUUAAACAAGAAACUGAUACAUCAAAGCGCACGUCUGUGACGGUGUUUUGA